AGCUGCUGCUGUCUGUUAUAAAAGCGCAGCUCCAUUUGCGUCGACGUCUGUCAUCAAGUGUCGUCCACUGAUAUCGUGUGAGUGCUCCAGUUCUUUAGUCUUUUCAAGUUUAAAGUAAAACUUAUAAGUAAAUUUUCAAAAAUGGCCGUCUGGGAAGGAAAGAAAUACAAAUUGGAAAAGAGUGAAAACUUUGAUGAAUACAUGAAGGAAUUGGGUGUCGGUAUGGUUAUGCGUAAAAUGGGCAAUAGCGUCAGUCCCACCGUUGAGUUGAAGAAGGAUGGUGAGACUUACACUUUCACCACUACCUCCACAUUCAAGACAUCGUCUAUCAACUUUAAACUGGGCGAGGAAUUCGAUGAAGAGACACUUGAUGGUCGUAAGGUGAAGAGCAUCAUUACUUUGAAUGGCAACACCCUAGUGCAGGAACAGAAGGGUGACAAACCCUCAAGCAUUGUGCGUGAAUUCACCGACUCCGAAUUGGUGACUACCCUCACCAUCAACAACGUCAAAUCCGUCAGAGUGUACAAGGCUGUCUAAAUGCACUGUUAAUUGCAUACCAUAGCAACAAAUAGUUAAAAAAUAUAUUUAAAUUAAUAAUGCCACAUCUUGCGAGAAUUAAGAAUUGAAAUACUAAAUAUCAUCAAUAUUUUGCACUUUAUAUGACAACAUAUACAUCAAGAUA